AUGCAGCGCGGUGGCAUCACUGUUGAGAACCCCUACGCCAGCGUGAAUAUUCCACGAGGUCAGCUCGAGAACAGCUUCAUUAAGCGCUACCUGGGGGAGGAGCUGCCCUCGCCCACUGUCAUUGUUAAUCCUGGGGCCGUGCCCACCUACCCAGCCCCAGAGCAGCUGAAUGGGGCCAGUAAAUCGGUGCCACUGGAUAGUUGGGAUGGUUCAAAAGUCCUGACGCGGGAGUCCUGGGCCCAGCCUUAUAACCCUUAUGCCAGCCUGAAGCUGCUGAAUGGCGCUUCCUCAGCCCCGCUCUACACCAUCGAGCUAGACAAGCACCAGAAGAGUCCUGAGGUGGGCACGGACAGUGGCUGCUGCUGCUGUAAGUACUGCCCCUGCUGCCGGAAAUGCUGCUGUGUCGUCUCCUAA